GUCCGAGGCCGGCAGACAUGGCGGCGCCCUGGCUCCUCGGGGUGCUGGCGGCCGUGUCGCUGCCGUGGCUCCCCGGCAGCCGGGCGGCGGCUCCGGUGGAGGAUCAAGCAGAACAGUUCUUUAGAAGUGGUCAUACAAACAACUGGGCUGUUUUGGUCUGUACUUCCCGAUUCUGGUUUAAUUAUCGACAUGUUGCGAAUACUCUUUCUGUUUAUAGAAGUGUGAAGAGGCUAGGCAUUCCUGACAGUCACAUUGUCCUGAUGCUUGCCGACGACAUGGCGUGCAAUGCCAGGAACCCCCGGCCAGCCACAGUGUUCAGCCACAAGAACAUGGAGCUCAACGUGUACGGGGAUGACGUGGAAGUGGACUACAGGAGCUAUGAGGUCACUGUGGAGAAUUUUUUACGGGUAUUGACUGGGAGGAUCCCACCCAGCACUCCUCGGUCCAAACGCCUUCUUUCUGAUGAUAGGAGCAACAUCCUCAUUUACAUGACAGGUCAUGGGGGAAAUGGUUUCUUAAAAUUCCAAGAUUCUGAAGAAAUCACCAACAUAGAACUUGCAGAUGCUUUUGAACAAAUGUGGCAGAAAAGACGCUACAACGAGGUGUUGUUUAUUAUUGAUACUUGCCAAGGAGCAUCCAUGUAUGAGCGAUUUUACUCUCCUAAUAUCAUGGCUCUCGCCAGUAGCCAAGUGGGAGAAGACUCACUCUCACAUCAACCUGACCCUGCUAUUGGGGUCCAUCUUAUGGACCGAUACACAUUUUAUGUCUUAGAAUUUUUGGAAGAAAUUAAUCCAUCUAGCCAAACUAAUAUGAAUGACCUUUUUCAAGUAUGUCCCAAAAGUCUCUGUGUAUCUACUCCUGGACAUCGUACUGAUCUUUUUCGGAGGGAUCCUAAAAAUGUCCUGAUAACUGAUUUCUUUGGAAGUGUGCGGAAAGUGGAAAUUACAACAGAGACUAUUCGUUUACAACAGGAUUCUGAAAUCAUAGAAAGCAGUUCGAGGGAAGACCCCAUGGAUGAGGAGCUGAUGAAACCCCUGAAGUAUGCAGAGCAGCUCCCCGUGGCUCAGAUCAUACACCAGAAACCAAAGCUGAAAGAUUGGCAUCCUCCUGGGGGCUUUAUCCUGGGACUGUGGGCGCUCAUUAUCAUGGUUUUCUUCAAAACCUAUGGAAUCAAGCACAUGAAGUUCAUCUUUUAGAUAGUCCUGCAUUGCGGAGCUCUCACUGAAGUGAACCCGGCAGUUCUCUGGCCUCCUCCACCAGGGUUCCGGACAUGGGUGGCCACACCCACACCCUGUCGUGUGUGCAUUCUAGGCAGUUGAGCCCAGAAUUCUCGGGUCCUCAUGCUCAUCCACUGAGCCAUCUCCCCAGCCCCAGACUGUUUCAUCACCUCUCUUGGCACAAACAGUUUCACUGUUUUGUAAAUAUGCUGUAAAAUACUUGUCAUAAUUAACUGUACGGAUGGUUGGGCUAAUGGCCUUAGUACAGAUGAACAUAUAACCAAGAAACUGAUUAUUAAAGAUGCACUUUUACCAAA